UCGCAUGGUGUCAAAAUGGCGGAGUUGGAGAUUGGUCAACAAUGUGAGGUACAGCAUUGCCGUCAGUUAGAUUUUCUGCCUUUUGUUUGUGAUGGAUGUUCAGGAAUUUACUGCCUUGAACAUAGGGGUAAAGAUGCUCAUGGCUGCUCUGGGGUUUGUUUAAGACUACCAGUGAAAUCUGAAGGAACCUCUUCUUACAAAUGUACAUAUAAAAGCUGUAAGGCAAAAGAACUCUUGCCAGUAAUUUGUUCACAUUGCGAGAAACAUUUUUGUCUGAGUCAUCGACACCAGUCAGACCACAACUGUGAAAAACAAGAGUUGCCUAUAUCACACUUGGCUGUUUCUCGGCAAGUAGUUAAAGAGUCUGUUGCCCGAGAUGCAGUCCCUGUUUCGCUGAAGAAAGGUAGAAAAGGAGCAAAGAAUGAUGCAACAGCUGCAAAAGUAGCACUUAUGAAGAUGAAGUUACAUGCUGUUGGAGACAAGUCCAUACCACAGAGUGAGCGGCUAUAUUUUCAAGUUUUUUUGCCAAAAGGAAGCAAAGAGAAAAGCAGAUCAAUGUUCUUUUGUUCCAAAUGGAGUAUUGGAAAAAUGGUGGAUAAUGCAGCUUCACUGUUGAACCUUAGGAAUGACAACAAUAUUUUGGCAGCUAAGAAAUUGAGGCUGUGUCACAGUGAAUCAGGAAAUGCAUUGCCUAUGGGCCAAACUUUGGAAUUAUGGCUAACAAAUAAUGACAGCCCACUAAUCAAUGGAGGAACCAUUAUCCUUGAAUACUUAGACAAUGAUUGUAUGAAAUUAGAAAACACAAAUUCAUACAUGGAAUGACAGUUAUUAAAAUGAACAAAUGUAAUCAUUUAGAGGAAAGUACGCUGAAGAAAGUUUGUUCUGAUAUCAUAUCUGAGAUGAGUUUUAAACACUAAAUUAUACAACUUUUUUAUAUUGCCAAACUAUUGUCUUUUAUUUAAGUGUAAAUCAUUUUAUUUGGAAUAAAUCAGUCUACUGUUACUGUUACAUGCUUGAUGGGUAAUUGCAGAUGAUGUUUAACCUAUUUAGAGUCGAAAAUAAUUUUCCAAAAUUAUGUCUUCACUAUCUGAUCUCUGGAAUCUAAUACCUUAAAUCAAGUUAGCGACCCUUCUUCACUGUAAAAAAUUAUAUAACUGCCCUUGGAAUAAUGUGAGAAAAUCUUAAUCUGAUGUUAAAUUAAAAACAGAGUAUAUUAGAGUUAGGCUUCAAUAUUUUAAACAAAUUUUAUUUUGGCAACUUGUAUUUUGGAAGUGUCACGGUUAAUGGAGUGGGCAUAGGGCAUACAUAGAAUCAAAGAAAUGUACAGCACGGAAACGGACCCUUCAGUCCAACCCGUCCAUGCCGACCAGAUAUCCCAACCCAAUCUAC